CCCUUCCUCACGCUGCCCGCACAAUUGACUCUACCGCUUUUUUCCUUCCAAGUUGCCAUCGUUUUUCUACUCUAGCUGUCGCAACACCUGCGCGGAUGACAUCCCCCAGCAGGCCCCCGCGCAAGAAGCUGACUGCAGAGGACUACCAAGUCGCCUGGAUCGCGCCUCUCCCCGCCGUCGAGCUGCUUCCAGCCCGGCUGAUGCUCGACGAUGAGCACGACAGGCCCGACUACGACACCCACCACGACGAGUCGACCUACUACUACGGUGAAAUCCACGGCCAUGCCGUCGUUAUCACCACAUUUUCGGGCAGUGGCUUUACCGGAAAUGUCAACGCGGCGCGGCUAACAGGCCCGCUCUUCAAGACGUUUCCCAAGAUCCGCAUGACCUUUCUCGUCGGCAUCGGCGGCGGCGUCCCCUCCCACUCGGCCGACAUCCGCCUUGGCGACGUCGUUGUUGGCUUCUUGGAGAGUGGCAAAUCCCCCUGCGUCUACUACGACUUUGGGAGGGACAGACCUGAGGGCUACGAACGCAAAGGGCCCGAGAUUCCAGCACCGUCGCACAGGAUCCUGAGUGGAUUGGCCAGGGUGGUGUCGGAUCACGAGCUCGGACAAACGCGGUUCGGCGACCAAUUGAACAGGCUGCGCCAACACCCUACCCCAAAGCUGAGGCGCACAUAUGCACUCCCUCCAGAAGAAACAGACCGAUUGUUUGUCGCCGAAUACCAACAUCAACAAGACGGAACAGAUUGUGGCGGGUGCGACCAACACAGAGUCGUCACGCGGCGUCGCCGCGAUGAUGAAGAACGGGAGGGUAUAGUUUUCCAUCAGGGACGCAUCGCCACAGGAAGCUCGGUCGUCAGGGACGCGAAGAAAAGGGAUUAUAUCAGUAACCAGUGCGGCGGCGUGCUUUGCAUCGAGAUGGAGGCUGCGGGCGUCGCUGUCAACGGUAAUUGUCUGGUGAUUCGCGGGAUAUCCGACUACGCAGACUCCCACAAGAACGAUACCUGGAAGGACUGUGCAGCUGCCCACGCGGCUGCAUUUGCCAGGGAGCUACUCCGUAUCAUUCCGCCUGAUCCAGUUGGCCAGGUUCGCCACUCUGCCCCCUCCCUCCAGCCACACUCGUCCCAGGUUCCACUCUCUAGAUCCCAUGCUAGCAACACCGGCGACGUGUAUGCCACUCGUCAGACGACCCAGGAGGAUGAAGCUAUCACGACUUUAGGAUAUAGUCAGGCCCGCAGCAUACGCCACACCAUAUCUAGGCCAGCUGAUGGAACAUGUCAGUGGAUCUUCAACCACCAAGGCUUCAAGGGCUGGUUCGAUGGGAGCAACCAAAACCAGUUCCAAGGUCUGGUCUUGAUACGAGGGAGCCCAGGGGCCGGAAAAUCAACAGUCAUGCUCGAGGCUUCCAUCAGAACUAGCACCCUCGCCCCAAACUCAGCAGUCGCUUCCUUCUUUUUCAGUGCCAAGAGCGGCCCAACAGCACAGUCGUUACUUGCUUGCUACAAGUCCCUACUCUCUCAACUCCUGCCGCACUAUCCCCACAGUCGGGAGCGCUUUUCAACACUUCAAAAGCGGAAGUUGGUGCUGAGGAAUGAGCAGGAGUGGACCGAAAUCAAACUGGAAGAUUUUCUCCACGACAUGCUCGUUGAAGAAAACAACAGUCAAGGGACUUUCAUCUUCGUUGAUGGCCUGGACGAAUGCAACGCAGAUAUCCAGUGCCAGGUUAACUAUUGGAGACGCAUCACCGCCAAGGCGUACACAGCAGGAGUUCGGCUUGGUGUUUGCAUCUCAACAAGGUGCUUCCCGCACAUCACCGUCCGCAAUUGUCUGGAAAUCGAGAUUGAGAAGAACAACAGCCAGGAUAUUAUUACCUACGUCGACCACACGCUUGGCGAUGUCUUCGCAGAAUAUGACGAGGUCGACCUGACCCAAAUCAAGACGAAACUUCUUUGCCGUUCCAACGGAAUUUUCCUCUGGGUAACUCUGGUAGUGGAGUCGAUUAUCGAAAAGCACAACUCUGGUGAUCCACCGGAUCUCCUUCUGGAGCAGAUCGAUGCAGUGCCGAAUGAGUUGGAGGCCAUUUUCCACGAGCUCAUUCAAGGCGUUGACCAAUCAGCCAAGGCCACAGCACUCAGUGUCUUCUACUGGGCGCUUUUGGCAACCAGGCCGCUUCGCCUGUAUGAGUGGCAUCACAUUCUGGCCUUUAGCUCCGACUUUCCGCCUACCUCACUUGGGCAGUGGAGGGAGUCAGCAGGGUUCAUUGGUAGUCGACGAGAAGUUAAAGGAUACAAUGGCCCGUGGGUACAAGGCUCCAAGAGAAAGACGGAGGAUGAAGGGCUGUUGGAAAGAAAAAUCAAAUGGUUGUCACGGGGCCUCCUCACUGUUACCGCAGGCAGCGCAGCAUUUUCUGGUGGGAAACCAGCCCCCUCGCUUCCCGACGCCGGAUUUUGCGAGCUAGAUCCCAGUGUAUCGGGAGUGCCAUGCGCCAGCGCCGGCUCUUUCAACUCCCGGCAGGGCGACACGCGCUUGGUCCAACCCAUUCACGAAACAGUCCGAGCGUUCUUUCUGACGGGCAAGGGCUUUGCCGCUCUCGGCUCCGACUCGAGAUGGCCGGUGGCCCAAGGACACAUAUCGAUAAUGAACACGAUUCUUGAUUAUAUUCACGUCAAGGAGCUCGACGACCUUGUUGAAGCGAGAGUACAAGCCGCCGAACGCAGCCGAGAAGACGAAGCUGCCAAACGGAGCCAAGAAGACGAAGCCGUCAACCGCAUUCCGGGAAACCAAACCACCAAACGCCGAAGGGGUAGACGGAAUAGCUCCAACGACGACGGCCUCAGCUCGGUGUCCAGCUUUGCGUCCGCGAGCAGUUUUCGGUUUAAUGAACAGGCCUUGUACGACCGCAAGAAGAAAAAGCCAAAGGUGUCGAAACUAGCGGCUCAAGAUGCCGAUGACAAUCCAAAAGGCGUGUUCCAUGAACAAUUACAGUCCUUAAACAAGCUCUCCGACUACGCGGAAAAUUCUGCGGGAGUCCGGGCCGAUCGUAUUACUAGGUGGUUGGAUGGGAGGGGAUCGUCAUUUAGUUGCUUUCCGUCCAACAGGGAAAGCACCGCAGCCCCUACCUACGCGACGUCAGCGCCAUAUUCGGAUAUGAGCAGCACACAAGAGAAGAUGCUUGAGGAGUACCCGGGCCUUCUCCAGUACUGCCUUUCAGAGCUGUUUAUUCACGCCAGGCUCGCAGAGGAGGCCGGGGGCGAUAUAUCUAUUCUCGAUCACAUCGUCGUCCGUCUUGAGGAUCAGCCCAGUUGGAGGAGAUGGGUCAUACUUCGGGAGGAGGAGGGAAUGCGGAUGGAUAUUGAUCCCCUCCUAUAUAUCACACGGCUGGGGCUCAAGGACAUGACCCAGAGGCUGUUCCGAGCUCGAUCGGACGUCUCUGGAGAUCUUAUCUGUGAAGCGACCUAUGAAGCCAUCAGCAGGGCCGACGCGACCAUCUUCAAGGUCAUCUGCGAAGAGACUGAGGGGCGUGCCGUCCGGGCGCUCAAGGACAAUGUCCCGAUGCUGCACUACGCCGUAGCCAGCCGGAACUUGGAGAUCUCAUCAGAAAUGAUCCGACGCGGUGCUGAUGUCAAUGCCUUGUCCUGGGUAUCUGGCAUAGGCCACAUCUCGGCUUUUCAUCUUGCCUGCUGCACCAAAACGAACCAGAGGAUGAAGGUAGGCUCGGGGAUACAAUCGGACACUCCAAGCCCCGAGCUCGCCGAGAUGCUUCUGGCCAAUGGAGCCAAGAUCACGGACAUGGUCAAGUGCUUCAACUUCUUCGAGCGUCAGACUCUAGAGGCCAAGGAAAGCGUCGAAAUUAUCGGGCUGAUGGCAAAAUACAAAACUAGUGAGGCCAACAUCACCGCAGCCCUGCACCUGGUUCUUGCGGUUGGUGACAAGCCAAGGGCGCAAGAGGGCACACGGGCGCGUAGGGCCGGGUACCACGCCGUGGUGAAAGCGCUGGUGAGGGCCGGGGCCCGCAUCGACGACUGGCCUUGCCUCUGCCCGGCCGCGCAGUCCGGCGACAGGGCCCUCGUGUGCUUGCUGAUGGACCUCGGGGCCGACACAAAAGCCCGCGACAAUGCAGGCAGGACGCCGCUCCACCACGCGGCCAUGGCCAAGAGCUAUUCCGUCGCGGCCGCCCUGCUCGAGCGCCGCGGCCGGGGCCAGGAUAUUGACCCGGUGGACAAUCAGGGGAAUACGCCCCUGAAGUACGCGUGCGACGGUUGUGGCUGCCAAAACUUCGCCGGGCGUCGGCUCAUCAGGCUCCUGCUGCGCAAAGGGGCCAGCUUCUCGGCCGACUUUGCGCCUCGGGGGCCGAGCGGCGACGAUUUGAGAUUGCUUGUUCGAGAGACGACGGAGAAAGUUGAGUGACUGUACGGGCAGAGCAACGACGAGGACGCGUGGUGAAUACCUAGCUUUCCUAAGGAGCUGGCUGUUGCGGGGCGAUCUUGGCGGUUCACAAACACAGCUUUGGCGUCUGCCGUCGGGGAUCUGACGGAACUGGCUCAUGCGGCAGCCUCCACCGCAAAGUUCGCGGGCGAUACUCGUCACUGACAGAAUAGGUUGAGGGACGGAUUUGGUAUUCGAACGCCAAAUGCCUUCUCAAACAGACAUGGACUGACUUCCAGUGCCCCACAAUCACUGCAAAAAGUUGAUCAUAUUGACAGGCCUCCUAGCGUCGCAAGCCGCCCUUCCGCAAAACUCCAAAGUACCGGUAAAUAUCCAGACCAUUAAUGACAUCAAGAUGCGAACAAAUGCAUUUAUACCGCACCCAAUCCCCAAAAGGGACUUUUGCAAAAGCAUCCGCUAGAUCCGCGACCUCAUGGCCGGCUCCCCGGACCCCGAAUCACCCCCUUCGUUCCCCAGCACCUCGUCCGCCAUGGCGCGGCCGGCGGCGCGGCCCGAGAAGAUGCAGCCGCCGAGGAAGGUGCCCUCGAGCGAGUUGUAGCCGUG